CUUCCAAUGCGCCGUCUUGUCCUCUCGCUCGCCUCCUUUCAGCAUCGGCGGCCCUGCAAGCAAGCCGGACAAAUGUGAACGCAACACCUGAUAGAUCGAUAGUGAAGGGAAGUUGACCCGAUCGCUGGCGCUGGAGACGGUGCUGGUUAGUGUUGGGAGAGGGAAGAAAAGAGAGAGAGGGAAGAUAGAGAAGUCGGCGCUGGAGGGGGGAGGAGGAAAGAGGCGGGGAGAAGGCGGCGGACAGAUAGAUGCCUGGCCGCUAUCCGCGGUGCUGAAUGAUUAGCCCAGUGCACGUCUCCACCUCCCGCGGCAGCACCCCAGGAAAGAGACCUCCCUCCACGACAUGUCUGAUCGAGGAGAUGGGCAAGGGCGACGACAACGAUCGCAUCGUGAUAAACGUGGGCGGGACUAGGCACGAAACGUACCGGAGCACCCUGAAGACCCUGCCCGGCACUCGGCUGGCAUGGCUCACCGAACCCGGCGCCUUCGCCAAUUUCGACUACGACCCCAAAGCAGGCGAGUUCUUCUUCGAUCGCCACCCGGGCGUCUUCGCUCACAUCCUCAACUACUACCGCACGGGCAAACUGCACUGCCCGGCCGACGUGUGCGGACCCUUGUACGAGGAAGAGAUCGCCUUCUGGGGCAUCGAUGAGACGGACGUGGAGCCCUGUUGCUGGAUGACCUACCGGCAGCACCGCGAUGCAGAGGAGGCUCUGGACAGCUUCGAGCCCCCCGACCUCAACAGCGGAGACGGUGACGCCGGCGGCGGGGGAGACGGGGUCGGGGACUCGGAAGACGAACUGGACACCAAGCGACUCGCCCUGGGAGACUGUUCCCACGAAGCCGGAGCGAAAGCCGGCUGGUGGAGAAAAUGGCAACGCCGCAUCUGGGCUCUCUUUGAAGACCCCUACUCCUCUAAAUACGCGCGGUACUGUGCGUUUGCUUCGCUUUUCUUCAUCUUGGUGUCAAUCAGCACCUUCUGCCUGGAGACCCAUGAAGCGUUCAACCCAAUCGUUAACAAAACGGUGACUAUAGAAAGUGGAAAUAAAACCUGGACGGAAAAUAUUCUGGAAACAAAAACCGAAGCUUUCUUAAUGUAUAUUGAAGGAGUCUGUGUGGUAUGGUUUACGUUUGAAUUUCUGAUGAGGAUCACUUUCUGUCCAAACAAAGUGGAGUUUAUCAAGAAUACUCUCAAUAUCAUAGACUUUGUGGCCAUUCUGCCCUUCUAUCUGGAGGUAGGACUCAGUGCUUUGUCUUCCAAAGCGGCUAAGGAUGUGCUGGGCUUCCUGAGAGUGGUUCGCUUUGUCCGAAUCCUACGAAUCUUCAAGCUGACCCGUCAUUUUGUAGGACUGAGAGUUUUAGGACAUACUUUGCGUGCAAGCACCAAUGAAUUUCUGCUGCUCAUCAUCUUCUUGGCACUUGGCGUCCUGAUAUUUGCCACCAUGAUCUACUAUGCCGAGCGGAUAGGAGCUAAUCCCCAUGACCUGAGAGCCGAUAACCACACACACUUCAAAAAUAUUCCGAUUGGAUUUUGGUGGGCCGUAGUAACCAUGACUACACUUGGCUAUGGAGACAUGUAUCCUCAGACAUGGUCGGGCAUGUUGGUAGGAGCCCUCUGUGCUCUUUCGGGUGUGCUGACCAUUGCUAUGCCUGUCCCUGUCAUUGUCAAUAAUUUUGGAAUGUAUUACUCCUUAGCGAUGGCCAAACAAAAAUUACCAAAGAAGAAAAAGAAGCAUAUACCGAGACCGCCCCAGCUGGGAUCCCCCAAUUAUUGUAAAUCUGGUGUAAACUCUCCACAUCACAGUACACAGAGUGACACAUGCCCACUCGCUCAGGAAGAGAUUUUAGAAAUUAACAGAGCAGAUUUUAAACAGAACGGUGAUGCAGCAAAUGCAGCAUUGGCAAACGAAGAUUGUCCUCAUAUUGACCAGGCACAGACGCCUGAAGAUCACCUCCCCUUCACUCGUUCUAACACCAGGGAGAGGAAUGCCAGAGACGGGCCCUGCUUCCUCUUAUCAACCGGGGAAUUUUCAUGUCCACCCGAUGGAGGAAUAAGAAAGGGUUUUGAAAACUCAAGGAGCCUAAGCAACAGAGCUGGCAUGAGCAGAAAUAUACUAAAAUUGCCUUCAGUGUCUUCUUCGCUCUACAGCUCUCCUUGUCCAUUGAGGCUUUCUCCGUCUCCCAUACCAUCCAUUUUAUAGCAUGGAUUAGUAGCUGAGAAUGGUCCAAAGCUUUAGUCCUACAGCCUGUACUGUCUUGCAUAAAACCAGGUAAUAAGCCUGAAGAUUGCAUGUUUCUAGUUAGCACCUUGCUGCUGGUGAUUCUACUGUUGACAUUAGGUGGGACAAUCCUCGAUGAUUUCUAGAUGGGAUCACUCAGACACAUGAUGUCACCAGUGGUAUGUAUGCUACAUGUGUUUGGCGCAUAGAUGGAAAUAAAGCAGCUACAUGCAAUUCCCAAUAAUUGAUGAUCUCGCCCAUGGCUUGGGGCAUACAGUUGUCCACUCGUGAAAACGCUGGCUCUCUUGAAAAUGGGUGACGCUUGUGUUUACUGGUGCACCAGGUCAACGUCUGAAGAUUUCUUUCUCAGGAUCUUUUAUGCCGCAUGGCCCUGAGGGAGUUCAGACAAACAUGUGGUUUGAGGGGCCGUUGCAUGGAAGCCAAACUGAUUGCGAGAAAUACUCUGUAAAGGUCCCAGUUAACCUUGGGUGCAUGCAAAGGUUUUUUGAGAAGAAGGACACUGCCCUCUCUGCAUGUAGCUAUAUAUUUUUUAAGCAGAAACAAAAUGCGACAUUUAUGUUGAAGGGCAGGGGAAAGAAGGUCAAGUAUUCAUUGUAUUCUUUGCAUGCAGAUUUCUGCAAACGCAGCCCUGUCAUUGCUAAAUAUAUGCCAGCAGGGGCAGUCAGAGUAACUUAAUGAGCUGGACGCUCUGUGGGUAAUUAUCUGCCCACUGGGAACAUUUCAAGAGAAGAAGACCCACCUCUUUAGGACAAGCAAAACUACUUCAAGCCACAAAGGCUUCCGAGGACCAUUGUGUGAUUUGACCCAGAAUUGUUGGCUUCCUAAAGCCCAAUGUUUCCAAACAAAAGGUAGAAGAUUUGUAAUUUGUCUGCUAGCAUGAACUGCAUGUUAUAGAAACUGUAAUUCUAAGAUUAACUUUUAAAUCAAAGUUCUAUUUCCUUCCAAGAUACUUUACUUUUACAAGACUUUGAUGUGAUCACAAUGUAAGAAUUAACUAUAUUUAUUUGCAAUGGAUAGCUUUUUUUUUUGUAAUUAUUCAUGAAACAGUGCAAGAUUAGAGAAAACAAACUGUAUGUAGAUGGUGAUUGGUCAUAUUGACCACUCAUCCAUGUUUCAGACCUCCAUCUGAAACAAGCCAUUAAACCAUGUAUUCAGAAAGCACCGACCCCUGUAUAUGAUUAGGUUGGCAUGCUAGUAAUCUUGUGUUUCCUGAACAUCCUAUGUAUCUAUAAAUAUUAACUCUUCAUCCAGAUGGUCUUUGCCUCUUUGCAUUUACAAGUGUAUAUUUCAGACUUGCAGACUCUAAAUUAGGAAGCGUGCACACCAUUCAACAGUGUCAAUUUAUCCGCAACGUUUUCCAAGGCAGGACUACCGGUCUAAGUCAGCGAAUGACUUCACCCAAUUUGGUCUUCUUAAGUUGGAAUCAAUACUUCAGCACUGUAUGCAAUUUAGUUCUGAAUACGUGCAUGCACAAUAUAAUAUGCAAAAAAAAAAAGUUCGAGCAUGAAAUAAAUUUUGUAUUAAAUCAG